AUGUCCCAUCCAACCCCUUCCGCUGACGAGAUCGAGGAACUCCUUCUUUCCUGCCGCUACGGCGACCUAGAAGACGUGCGCGCAUUCGUGGAGAAGUUUGGGGCUGCGGCCGCCGCGGAGGCUAGGGAUGACCGGGGGAGCAACGUCUUGCACAUGUGUGCGGCAAAUGGACACGAGGACGUCCUUUCCUACCUCCUUCCGCUCAUGCCCCCCUCCCUACUAACAACACCCAACACUUCCCUCUCCCUCCCCGUCCACUGGGCAGCGCUCAACCGGCAUCUCCCCAUCCUCGCCAUCCUCGUCUCCGACACGCGGAUCGACGGCGCGCACCUCAUCGCCUUGCCUAACGGAUCGGGAAAGAGCAGUCUUACGGUUGCGGAGGAAGAGGGGUGGGACGAGGGUGCGAGUUGGCUGGCGGAUAAGAUCGAAUUGGCUUUGGCGGUGGGGGAGGGAGAGACGGCGGAGGGAGUCGAGGAGGAGGAUGUGGGCGAGGAACCGGCUGAAGGAGAGAAGAUGGAUGUGGAUGUCCAGAAGUAG